AUGUCGAUUCUUCCUCACCCGGAGCUGCGAGACUUGCGCACCCAGCUGCAGAAGAUACUCGGCGACAUGGCGAUUUUCGGGCCCGUGAUCCCUAAACCCCCUGUACUCGACUCAUCCGCUGAUAUCCACGCAGAGGGAGAGGGCUUGCCUCCGGAAUCGGUCCCCGGUCUGCGUGCACUGCGCGACACUGUGAAAAGGGACCUCGCCGUCCUAGAAAAGUUUCUCGCUGAUCCAAAGAGCGCAUCCCUCCCCCCACUCUCGACGAAUGCGCCGUAUCUGAUUGCAGUAUGGCACGAGGUUCUACUUGCGCCGCAGCCUAUAACGACUGUCUGGAGAACGUACCAUGAUAACAGCAAACCCGCCGCGUCGCGCACAAGAGGCUCCCAAAAACCACCUGGGAUAAAGGUCGAUGUUGUAGCAGACAAUGGGCGUCGAUGGAUACGAGUCAAUACCGUGAAAAAUUCCCGCUUGCUUGCUGAAUUCCGUGAGAUGGACUCGUAUCUCACAGACUCGGAGGAUGAAUUGGACGACCCAAACGCCCUACCUGCACUGGUCCCCGCUGAGUUUGACAAUUCUGUUCUCAAAAUGGGUCGUGCGCUCUUAGCUGCCGCAGACCACAAUCGAUUACCUGGAACUAAUGAUAUACCAGCGGUGACGCUACGGCUGACUCGCCUAGAUCCGUCGCCUGCGAAUGAGAAGGAAUACGAUCCGCGUAUCCAGAAAACAGUACAGCAGCUACAGGAUAUGGGAAUAGAUGUCGAGCUUGGGGAGAGGGACGCGACAUCUGUUUCGCGCUCGAUGCCUGCUCAUCCAUCGCACCCGCGGCGUCUCGAGCCCACGAUGCACAUUAACCUUGAUCUUUCCAUCCUCAUCGCUCUCGUUUCCGACAUUACACAUGCACCUCUUCCGCAAUCCGCUGAAGAGGCAAACUCGCGGUUCAUCCCCCCUCCGGAGUACCGUGAGUGGAAGAAGAAACAGAUCGAGGCGACGAAGGGUGCUCAAGCUGCGGCCGCGUUGGACGGAGAGGCAGAGCAGGGCCUGGGAAAGCAUUCGCGGGCACUGUCGAAUCAGGCUUUGCAGGAGAUGGAUCAGGGACUGUUGCAGGACAUCCACGACCGCCUUUCGUCGCUCGUCAAUGAAUCCGCAGACGUAUCAUCGCUAGCUCAAGUGGAAUUCUGGACGACUCCGGAGGCGCGUGACCGCUUUCUGCGUAUCGUGCUGUCGAAAAUCGGCGGCGCGAACGAACAGCGUCGGGCACGCGCACUCUUCGCCUGCGCGGCAUCCAUGCAUCGGGAAGAGGCGGAAGAGGCGUACUGGCAAGGCUCGCGCUACCCGCAUAGAUUCAUACCCUUGCACCCCAUCCGAGUUUUCCCGUCCCCUGAACCCGACGCGAGCCACGAGCAGAGUUGGGAGUCAGAGGGCACUGCUUCGUCACCGUUCUUCCGGGUCCUCGCACGAACGUGCAGGGAAGUAUUAGCGCAAGAAGCAGUGCCCGACUCUCGUGAGCGGACACCGGUGGGUGAGGGAGGGACACCGGAGGAGUGUGAGGAGGAGAUCGGGCGGGCGGCAGUAACGCGGGGGAAUCCGCGUCUGACAGCGCAUACGGUGCAAAGCGUGCUGUGGGGAGCAGUGCGGGGAUGGACGACGUUGACGGCAAACAAGGCGAGUGUGCGCGCGGUUCUGCGGGAGAUGAGGGCGAGAGGGCUGUCGGAUGGCUGGAGGGAGGAAGUCGAUGUAGGCGAGGGGGCUGAAAAGGCGGCGUUGUGGGUAGUGGAUCCGCGCAGUCUUGCGGAGGGCAUGCGCUGGGAAACUGUGUUCAUUCUGGCUGUCGUCUCGCUUGCGUCCUCAGCAUUGGCAGCGCCCACCCAUCAACUCGUGCGACGAGAUGCUGGCCCAGCCGCUCUUGCAAUAUGGAUUCCUAUCCUGAGCGUAGUCGCGGCGGUCGCAGCUGGUACCGUCAUUUAUAGAUACCGGAAGAACAGGAAUACGCAACAGAGAAUUGCGGCAGCGCAAACAGCGACAGAACAGACACUCACUGCCCGAUUCCGGACAUGGACUUCGCGACCCGUCGCUGUUCCAGGAGCUCAAGGGCAGACGCGGGAGCUGACUGCAGAGCAGCUUGCGGGCGGCAACAUCCCAGCCCGUACUCGUCGUCACCGUCCAAGGAGCACCGCAUCCACCCGAUCGACACGGUCGCUGCCACUCUACAUGAAGGAACCAGGAGAGGAGGAGGUUGUGGUGUUCAGAGGUCGGGCAGAGCUUACCGAAGAUGGUAGCGUACUGGCCACCGGUGGUCUUGCACCAGUCGACGAAAGUGGGGAACAAACACCAAAUAACUCCAUUGAUCUACGACGCUCUCGCGGUGCAAGCGUAUCCAGCAUGACACCAGGACCCGAUACGCCCCUCCUAGAAGAGAGCCAUUUAGAGGAUAGUGGGGAUCCGUCACUACCACCUGCGCUUUCACGGAUUCGCCCAAGUGUGGAUACGGUUGACGACGACGAUGGGUCUGUUGAGGAGCCUUUGAUGGCAGAUCAGGAGGAUGAACGAGGUCCUGCGCCGUCAUAUCUCGACGCUGUAAAUUCGAUCGACAGCGGUAUCGUGCUCGAUGAUUCGGUAGACGACCACACAUCCAGACAGUACCCACCUCAACCGGCGCCCACGCAAAGAUCAGGAACACUACGCAGCAUUGGUGCCCUCCGGCCGGGGUUGUUCGGACGCUCUGAGUCGUCGGUGACUACGUCAGCAUCUGCCCCCACGCCUCCUUUGGAAUCCGUGCCGGUCCCCGAGCACAACGGUCGGCUCUCAUCAUUGUUGCACAGGUUCACCCCCGGACAGCGCCAGCAUGCCAGCUCCGAUGCGACCCCGCCCGUCCUGCCUCCGUCCCCGCUGAUUCCGAACGAUUCGCCCCACCGUCGCACGCGCGGUGCGACAGUCUCGAGCCCAACUCCGCCUCCGGGCUCGCCGACCCCAUCACACUAUCGCACGCAUAGACCCUCAACAUCAGGGUCUGCGUCCGGACUGAGCGUGAUGUUCCGCACGCGAUCCAACACAAGUGUCGGCGCAGCAGAUCGCCUGAGGUCCCCGUCGACGAUCUCGCUCCACUCGAUCUCCGCGCCGCUCACGCACACGGUCGUGCGCACAGAGUACACUUAUCCGCGGUCGGGUCCUACACCAGACCAGAUGAAGCUCAUCGCGUCGGUGGAGUCGUUCAAGCGCUUCGGUGUGCCGUAUGGCCCUGACGCGCUCGCGUUUGCAUCAGCGUCGAGGGUGGACCUUGUGCCCCCGCCUGUAUUUGAGGAGGUCGUCGAAGCGAGUGGGGAGUCUGAGUCCAGCGCAAGUUCUGGGACCGAGCCGAGUUCGGGCUCGGGCUCUGGUUCUGGAGAGGGCACCGCGUCCACGGAGAGCACUGUGCCGACGUCGCAAGAGGUUUCGUCGGUUACUCAGGACGAUACUGUGGACGUCUCUGCGACAGAGCUACAACCACAGGAACCACAAGAGCAGCUAGCGGCGAAGGAGGUUGCACCGGAGGUUUGUGUGUCCGAUAGCGAUCAGCUAGCUGAUGAGGAGGCAAAGACUGUAUCGGCCAAACCGCCAGCCCUGCCUCCACUCACAGCGGAGGAUGUGAAGAAGAUUCUGCGACCACUUGCGCCGCCCACUUCGUUCAAACCCACGUCCCCAAAGACCCCUGUCCGGCCAGGCUCUCGUGCGAGCUCCCAUGCGACGUUUGCAACGGCGGAAGAGUCGUUUGGGGGAGACUCCCUUCCAGCCACACCUAAUCAAUUGACCAUCACGAUUACGGACGAUGACGAGCCCCCACUAUCAGUAGCUGAGACGUCGAACACGGAUGAGUCUGCUACGCCUGUCACGCCACGAAACAUGACACGAACACUGAACGAUGACGAAAACAACGCGGAUACGACAGCGCCUUUGCAUGUCUCCCAGGCUCUGUCUGCUGCUGAACUCGCAGUCGAGGUCUCUUGA